AUGGUGCAUGCAAAGUCGAAAAACACCGUCGGUCUGGGCAAUGCCCUUAUGAAUGACCGUUUCGGCAAGGGCCGCGGUUCCGACAGAAAGAAGGCUUCCACCAUCACAAGAGUGAACCACGCCACCGGAGAAGAAUACUUGACGAACGAACGACAGGAGGCAGCAUGGGUCAAAAUGCGAUCGGUGACGGAGCAAGGUGCUCUCGACGAAUUCCUUGCGACAGCGGAGUUGGCUGGAACAGACUUCACCGCUGAAAAGAUGAACAACAUCAAAAUUAUCCACACCGACCAGAAGAACCCCUAUCUUCUAUCUUCAGCGGAGGAGAGAGCCGUCGUUGGCAAGCAAAAGGCCCACAAGGGACGCCUGACGGUACCGAGAAGACCGAAGUGGGAUGCGUCUACCACCCGUGAGGAACUGGACCGACGGGAGAGGGACAGCUUUUUAGACUGGCGUCGCGGACUUGCAGAACUUCAGGAAAACAACGACCUGUUGAUGACACCGUUCGAGCGGAACCUCGAAGUUUGGAGGCAGUUGUGGCGUGUUAUUGAGAGAUCGGACUUGGUUGUUCAGAUCGUCGACGCCCGAAACCCGUUGCUCUUUAGAUCCGAAGAUUUGGAAUCCUACGUGAAGGAUAUCGACCCCAAAAAGGAGAACCUUCUUCUUAUCAACAAGGCUGAUAUGUUGACGCUUAACCAACGGAAAAUGUGGGCGAAGUACCUCCAGGAGAACCGCAUCGCCUACAAGUUCUUCUCCGCUUUCCUUGCAAAACAGCUUCAGGAGUCCAUGGAGAGCGAUGAAGAGGAGUCGGAAUCGGAGGAGCCCAAGGCUGGUAGCAGCUCACAAGCGCAGGCAGCUGCGGAAAAGGAGGGAGCCCAAGAGACAGAACCAGAGAGCGAGGAUGGUGAAGAAGGCGGCGCAACUACCACACAACCAGAGGCCGAUCUUGAUGACGAGGCCACAAGAAUUUUGACAGUGGAGGAGCUGGAGGACAUUUUCCUCAGCCACGCUCCCGAGAAUGCCGAACCUGGCCACAAGUUGCAGAUCGGCCUUGUCGGAUACCCUAACGUCGGAAAGUCCUCAACCAUCAACGCCCUGAUUGGUGCCAAGAAGGUAUCCGUCUCGUCGACACCAGGAAAAACGAAGCAUUUCCAGACCAUUCAUCUCAGCGAGAAUGUGGUGUUGUGCGAUUGUCCUGGUCUUGUGUUCCCUAACUUCGCAAGCACCAAGGCGGACCUCGUUUGCAACGGCGUCCUGCCUAUUGACCAAUUGCGUGAAUUCACUGGCCCUUCAGGCCUGGUCGCCCGCAGAAUACCCAAGCCGUUCCUCGAGGCAGUCUAUGGUAUUAACAUCAAGACUCGCGCGAUGGAGGAGGGUGGUACCGGCAUCCCUAGUGCGCAAGAGUUGCUUGCCGCGUAUGCCAAGGCUAGAGGUUUCACGACCCAAGGACUUGGUCAGCCUGAUGAGUCAAGAGCGUCCCGUUACAUCCUCAAGGAUUACGUUAACGGCAAGCUGCUGUACUGUGAGCCGCCACCCAACACUAUCGACGGACCAGAGUUCAACAGUGAGCUGUACGAUGCGGCUCAUCUGCCAGAGAAGCGACGUGCAGCGCUAGCGGCAUCUCUUGAUACCAUGUCGCUCGUAGGCGAUGACAUCUCCAUCGCGCCGUCUGACCUCGCAGUUCUCCCCGCCGGCCCCAAAUCCAAAAAGAUUGACAAGGGCUUUUUCGGAGGCAAUGCCAGCGGUGCCGGUCACUACAAGAUGCCUUUUAGCCACAAGUACACUGAACAGGGACAGAAGCAUCUGAGUGGAAGGAAGGCUCGGGCGAUGAUUGCUCUGGAGAAUGGCAUCGACCCCAAAGAUGUGCAGUUGUCUGCUGGCAAGAAGCACUUCAAGGGUGGUGCGAAGACGAGGAAGGGCAAGCGCCGUGCUGGUGCGGAUGAUGAUGAAUAG